AUGGAUACCCACGACUUUGAGAUUUUGGGAAGGCGGAAAAGCGCCGUCAUUGCUUUUGAAAAUAAAGUCCAGCGCAUACGACGACAGCAAAAAAUCCUGCCAAAGCUUAUCAUGAACGCAGUUAGAAAACUCCGGAACAGAAACGGUUCCAGUCUUCAAGACAUUAAAAAGUUUUUAGCCUCGAAAUAUCAAAUGGACAUUAUAAUAAUGAAAGAUGACAUUAAGAUGGCAGUCAAAAGCGCUUUGGAGCGGGGCAUGCUGAAGAAAAUUGGCGGACAGUACAAAAUGAGUAAAAAGACGGUAAGAAGGAUCAAAAGCAACAGCAAGACAUUAUCCGCCAAAAGCAGAAGCAAAGUAUUAUCGACCAAAAGUAGCAGCAAAACGUUAUCCGCUAGAAUGAGCGCAAAAGCAUUAUCCAUCAAGAGCAGCAGCAAAGCAUUAUCUACCAAAAGCAACAGCAAAGCAUUAUCGAGCAACAGGAAAACAUUAUCUACCAAAAGCAACAGCAAAGCAUUAUCGAGCAACAGGAAAACAUUAUCUACCAAAAGCAACAGGAAAACGUUAUCCAAGAAAAGCAGCAGCAAAGCAUUAUCUGCCAAAAACAACAGGAAAGCAUUACCCACCAAAAGUAACAGAAAAGCAUUACGUAUCAAAACAGACAAAGUAUUAUCUAGCAAAAGCAACCGUAAAGCAUUACGCACCAAAAGAGACAGAAAAACAUUAUCUAGCAAAAGCAACAGCAAAGCAUCAUCCAGUCAUUCAGCUAAUAAAUAG